UGCACUGCCUCCAUAGCACCAGGGCAGGGCCCCAGAUGGGCACAGGGAGCCGCAGUCUGUGAGUUAUUGGUCUGAACCUAUAACCUCUCCUAUGCCCCACUAGGGACCCCUGCACUCACCCCGAUGCCAUACGCUCUGACCUCUCUCUCUGCCCCUAGCUCGGCCAGAUGCACCUUGGGGAUGGUGCUGCCCCUUUGGAGCGACACCCAGGUCUUCCUCGACGGGGAUGGGGGCUUCAGUGUGACAUCCUGGGGGCAGACACGCAUCUUCAAACCCAUCUCUGUGCAGACCAUGUGGUCGGUGCUGCAGGUGCUGCACAAGGCGUGCAAUGAAGCCGUUCACAACAACCACUUCCCUGGGGGCACCGCCCUGAGCUGGGCCGAGUGGUAUCAGUGCGGCAUCGCUUCGGAGCAGAGCUGCAUCAACGAGUGGCUGGCCAUGUCCGACCUGGAGUCUGUGCGACCUGACUUCCCCGCUGUCUUCUCUGACCGCCCAACCCAGCGUGAGAUGAUGGAGCGGAUGAUCCGGGCCAAACUGCGUGAACUGAUGGCCACGGCUGACCUGGAGAGCAUCACCUCCAAGGAGAUCCGCACAGAGCUGGAGCACCGCACCAACUGCAGCCUGAAGGAGUACAAGGAGUUCAUCGACAACGAGAUGUUGCUCAUCAUGGCCCAGAUGGACCGGCCCUCCAGGAUCUUUGACCACCUGUACCUAGGCUCCGAGUGGAACGCAGCCAACCUGGAGGAGCUGCAGCGCAACAGAAUCAGCCACAUCCUCAACGUGACCCGGGAAAUCGACAACUUCUUCCCGGCGCUUUUCACCUACAUGAACGUGCGGCUCUACGACGAAGAGGCCUCCCAGCUGCUGCCCUACUGGAAAGAGACCUAUCGCUUCAUCUCUGAUGUCCGGGCUCAGAACUCGCGGGUGUUGGUACACUGCAAGAUGGGCGUGAGCCGCUCUGCCUCCACGGUGAUUGCCUACGCCAUGAAGGAGUACGGCUGGACGCUGAAGCGGGCCUACCAGCACGUGCAGGACAGACGCCCCAUAGUGCACCCCAACCCCAGCUUCAUGAAGCAGCUGGAGUUCUACCAGGGCAUCUUGGAUGCCAGCCGGCACAGCAGCCUGUGGGAGCAGAAGGCAGGAGACUCCCAGUGGGAGGACACGCUGAACGGGAGUGACACUGGCAGUGACCAAUCGGAGAGCGAGGGGAGCCUGAGUCAGGACCGGCUGAGCUCGGAGGAGGAGCCAGGACCGCAGGAGGAGGAGCCAGUCACGACGCCCCAGUAUUGUUUCCGGCCCUUGCGGGAGCCCCCCGAGGAACCAGCCCAGCCCCAGGCACCAGAAGGCGGCGAGGGGCCCCAGAUUUGCCUGCAGGUGGUGGAGGAGCCAGGGGCCUCCGAUGACUCAGGGGCGGAGGAGGUUCGGGGGCACCUGGCCACGCUGCGGGUGCCAAAGACGCCCAGCACGCCACGUGACCGGCGGAUCAACCUCUAUGCUGUGAUGAGGAGCAUCAGCGAGAUGGACAGCCCCGACGUACCCUCCCCGCUGGGGGGUCCUACCGAGGGGGAGGUGUUUGUCAUCCCAGGACAUGAGUCCCCGAGGCAGCACCCCACCUCGGAGCCUGCGGCCCCACCAGCACCCGCGCAGAACCAGGAGGAGCCGAAAACAGCAACCCCAGGCCCCACGGCCGAGCAGCACCCACAGGGGACCCCAACAGAGAAGACGGGUAAGCGGCGGGGCCGACAGCGCGGCCGCCAGGUCCCUCGGAGCCAUGCCCAGCCGUGCAAGCAGAUUUCCUACCACCCAGCGAAGGGCAAGCUGCACAAGGCCGUGAAGCCUGUGGAAGGCUCCUCCCCCAAAGACAGGGCCCCAAACGCACGCCGGGCUCAGGCCAUGAAGCACCGGCACUCCGUGGCCCAGCUCAUGGACGCAGCCCUGGUGCUCAGCCGCACCAGGGAGUUCGAGGAGCGGCUGGAGGCUGCUGGCCAGGAAAGGCCCCCAAAGGAGGAGCCUGCUAGCCCCUCGUCCCCUCCUCAGGAGCCCCAGCCUGGAGGAGGCGCUCUCCCCCCAUCACGACCCAGGAGGAUGGUGCGGCAGGCCAGCAUGGACAUGGAGCCUGGCUCCGGGUGAGACUCUCCCCCUGUGGCCCCGCCUCUGAUUGACUGUAGCGGCUCCCCUAUGGCCCCAGGUACUGCCGGCUGCCCUGGGGCAGGGCAUUGGCUACUGGGGACAUCAAUGCCCGAGUGCUGCUGGAGGGGGCAAUGGAUGAGCUGGACUCUGGUCAAGGACAGCCCCUCCCUGCCACUAUGCACCCCCCCUAUGGAUCUGGAGGAAUGAUGGGGGGUACCUCACCAUCCGUGGAUCGCUUGGUCUGCCCCUCAUGCUGCCCAGCCCCACACUGCCUUGCGGUUCCUGCCCCACAGCUGAGCAGGUGUCACCAGAGAGAGAUGGGAGACAUGAUUCCCUCUGUUGCUUCCUCCCCCCCCCACCCCACUAGCCUUUGCUUUUGAGCUACUGAGCAUGGCUUUGGUCAGCUGGGCCAAAGGGAGCCGGCCUCUCGCUGAGACUGAAGCGAGAAGGGGUUCUGAGAGGUACCCUCUCCCCAGCCUGCUCUGCACACAUGGACACCGCACCAUGGCACUCUGCCAGCCUCGCUCUGCCUGUGAAUAAAGAGUUUAAUUCACUUUGUAA